CGGAAGUAAAGGACGGAUGACUGUUUCAUUUCGCUGUUUCUGUGUCUCUGGAGUCGGAGCGGUUGGUUUUUCAGGAGGGAAACUUUACAAGGUUUGACGGGAUUUGACCACGAUUAAUUCAUUUCGCCUAAUUACCAGAGCCGGUGCGCCGUACUGAAAGGAGUCCAGAGUCAUGUCGGGCAUUGCAUUGAGCCGGCUUGCACAGGAGCGCAAGGCAUGGCGGAAGGACCAUCCUUUCGGAUUUGUUGCCGUACCAACAAAAAAUCCAGAUGGAACCAUGAAUCUCAUGAAUUGGGAGUGUGCUAUUCCCGGGAAGAAAGGGACUCCGUGGGAAGGAGGCUUGUUCAAACUGCGCAUGUUGUUCAAGGAUGACUAUCCUUCUUCACCUCCAAAAUGUAAAUUUGAGCCACCACUCUUUCACCCGAAUGUGUAUCCAUCAGGCACAGUAUGCCUAUCUAUUCUAGAGGAGGACAAGGACUGGAGACCAGCCAUCACAAUAAAGCAGAUCUUAUUAGGUAUUCAGGAACUCUUAAAUGAACCAAAUAUCCAGGAUCCAGCCCAAGCAGAGGCUUACACAAUCUACUGCCAAAACAGAGUAGAAUAUGAAAAAAGAGUUCGAGCACAAGCCAAAAAAUUCUCCCCCUCGUAAGGGCGAAGACUUGCUCCGCUGUGGCAGAAGGAAUUUAACGAGAAUCACCUCCCCGCUCAGUCUCUCAAUGAAUGUGCUCCUCUCACAUCAGGACUUGCUUAAAGACUUCUAUUUAAACUCCACACAUUCUGUGCCAUCCGACCUACCUUUUUUUUUCUCCCUUUUUUUUUCGUUGUUCUUAAUUGCCAGUAAUGCUGGGAGGGGACCCUGGUCAUUUCUUUUUAAACAUUAACUGUCUUAUGCGGUGCGAGGGACGAGGCUCGUUACCAGUUUCAUCAACUCCGUGCAGGCUGGCUGUCGUCAAUGUUCAAA